UUGCUCGAGAGCGAACGACAUGCACACGCGGAGCGUACGAUGGGAAUGAUGGGAACAGGAAGGGUGGCCGGCUAUUUAUACCCGGGCCGAACUAAGCGUGGCCCGCGCGUGCGUACAGUGCGCGCGCGCAGCACGCGAGCGGUAGCGCGCGUUCCGACCGGUUCCUACGACCGUCCUACGGCCGGGAGCUUUGACGUGCUGCGACUUAGAGUCCUUAGAGAUUAG